AUGCGAGUACUUCGGCCUGAUUAUCAACAUGGAGAAGACUGUACUCAUACACUAACCGCCACCCAACAAGGCAGCUAUCCUGCCGACGUCGCUGUAUGUAGCGGAGACCUGGACGGUGAACAAGAAGCAGGUGCGAAGGCUCAGUCAUUUCCAUCUCAGCUGUCUUCGACGGAUACUGAAUUGGAGAUGGCAGGAUCGGGUCCUGGACACGGAUGUACUGGAUUGGACGGGAAUCGUCAACAUCUACGCCAUGUUGAGACAACUCCAACUGCGUUAGAGCGGCACCUCGUGCGGAUGAACGAUGAGCGGCUUCUCAAACGUCUCUUCUACGGAGAUGUCAACACGAGUUCCUGGCGUCAAGGAGGUCAAGUCCGCCACUCCAAGGAUACUUUGAAGACUUCCCGGAAGCGUCUGCAGGUAAAAUCGGUCGACUGGAGAGAUCUGGUCCGGGACCAUAGGACCUGGAGGAGGACAAUGAAGGCAGGCGCAGCGAUCUAUGAAGCCAACCGCAUCAUUGCCGCCAAAGCCGAACGCGAGGCUCAAAAUUCUCAACUGCGCAUACCCCCUAACGCCAACUUUUAA